CCCAAAGUGCUCCAAGCAACAUCUAGCUUGUUUUUAUUUAUUUAAUGAAAACAUUUUACAUAAAAUAAAAAUUUUAAAUAAAACAUAUUUACUGAUCUUUAAGCACUAAAUAACUAUGCGAUAUGCACAGUUAGUGGUUGGUCCUGCUGGUAGUGGAAAGUCUACUUACUGCAGCUCAUUAGCUCAGUAUGGUGUUGAUAUUAAAAGAAAUAUAGAAGUUGUAAACUUAGAUCCAGCAGCAGAGCAUUUCGACUAUGAACCUUUUGUUGAUAUUAGGGAUUUGAUUCAAGUACAGGAUACAAUGGAAGAUGAAGAAUUACAUUUUGGACCUAACGGAGGCUUGGUCUUUUGUAUUGAAUACCUUUUGGAGAACUCCGACUGGCUUCAUGAAAAACUAGGUGAUACAGAAGAUGAUUAUAUAUUAUUUGAUUGUCCUGGGCAAAUUGAACUGUAUACACAUCUCACAGCUAUUCGAAAAUUAGUUAAGCAGUUGCAAGACUGGAAUUUUAAUGUAUGUUCAGUAUUUCUUGUUGAUGUUCAAUUCAUGACCGAUGGUGCUAAAUUUUUAUCGGGCACCAUGGCUGCCUUAAGUGUAAUGGUAAAUUUAGAAUUGCCACAUGUAAAUAUUCUUUCAAAAAUGGACCUUCUGAGUAAAACAGCUAGAAAGAGGCUAGAUAGGUUUCUUGAACCAGAUUGUCAUGCAAUUUUAGGUGACAUAGAAUUAAAUGGAAUAUCAGCAUUUAAUGAAAAGUAUAAAAACCUUACAGAAACUAUAGGCAGAAUUAUUGAAGACUAUUCGUUAGUUAGGUUUAUACCAUUAAAUCUUAAAAAUCGGGAAAAUUUAAGUGAUAUUCUAAUAACAAUCGAUAACGUCAUACAAUUUGGUGAAGAUCAAGAUGUAAAAACUAAAGACUUUGAAGAGGAAGACCCAGAAAAUGAAGAUCUUGAUCUUUCUAAUAAUUAAGUUUGUUAAUAAAUGUAAAUAAUAAGAUUCA